CAUCGGGGAUCAUUUUAAAUAAAUGAUCAGCGUGUCGGACUGAGUCGAUUUAUUCAUGUUCGUCUGUAUAUAAUUGAAUUCGUCCGUCAAUUUGUCGGAACAACUGAACGAUCAAACUCAUGUCCUUGUAUUGGAAUCUUAUUAUUUGGCAAGGUAUCGUCCUGAAAUUUGACAGCCAACUCCACAACCUCCAAACAUCUUGAUAAAAUUGGACAUUAUAGCAUAUAUUUUUCAUUUAAAAAAAUCAAGAUAUGGUACAGUGCUUUUUAUACCCUUAUUUUGCUAUGGAAAAUGCGCCUAUGAAAGGCAUUGUCAACUACAUAAAUAGCUGCUUUUGUAGGAGUAAGUGUAUUAAUAAUGAAUGUGUUAUCAUAGAGAACGGAGUGGGAGACUUGGUACGAUUUAAAAUCAAGCACUUGUGAACUAGUUCAGAAGUAAUUGAAUUUAACACAUGUUGUUAAUAAAGUGCUGUAGAGAAAAAUACAAAUCUAUUGAUAAAGGCGGCUUAUCUCAGAGGCAUGUUUUUAUAUUUAUUAACAUAAAUUUAAUAAUACAUUGCAAUGACUUCAAUAAUCUGAAGUUUAUGGCGAUCAGUAGCGCUUUAGUUAUUGCAGACGUUAAGACGUUAGCUGCAAGAAAAAUUCAGUAAACUGCAUUUUGAUAAAAAAUAAAAACAUAUUCCAUGCCAACAAUCAAAAUGAGAUUCUCAAAAACGCGUGCUAGUCGUUUAAGCCAGGUUAAAUUAUUGGCAAUUGCUGUAUUGUUGCAAACCAUUCGGAAGGCUGAGUGUUUGUAUGAAGAUACUAUUUUGAACUUUUUGGAACAAUUACGUGUUCGCAUGUGUCAUCCUAUUCCACAGUUAGGAUUGCCAGCCUUGGAUCCUUUUCAAAUUCACCAUGUCGAAACAGAAAUUAAUAACAAAUACUUAGUAGAUUUCACCGGCUCUGUCACUGAUUUCAACCUGACAGGAUUAUCCGAUUUUGAUAUAGACUUGCGUAUUUCUACAAUACGAAAAUCAAUAAUUGAUAUUACUUUACCAAUGACAGAGUUUAAAUCCAUUUACACUGCCAAAGGAUCUUUGGCUUAUAUAUUGAAUUUGAGCGGUGAUGGCAAUGCACAAGCACAUAUAAAACACUUAAACUUGCAAAUAUCAUUUAAUUUGGGCAUCGGAAAAUUCCUUAGCAUACGAAAUUUGAAUAUUACGGUCAUUGUCGGUGAAAUAUAUAUGGACUUUGAAAACUUGCUCGAGGAGGAACGAAUAAAUGAUUUUUUCCAUGCUUUAGUCAACGAACUAGGCUUGGAACUAUUGGGGGAUCUUUGGAUUGAUGAAAAAGCCUUGUCAGAGCAAUAUAUACAAGAGCGCAUUAAUACUUUUAUUGGUCAAUACACUCUAUCUGAUAUUUUAAAGAUAAUUGGGGACAGCGGUGAGGGCGAACCUAUAUUUGAUAGUGGACCCCCAGGUGAUUGCAAGGAUGAUAUUACCUUCAAUUAAGCUAUUAUCGAAAAAAACUUGACAAGACUGAAAUAGCAAACAAAAGCUUGGUCAUAAAUUCCGCUAUGCAACGCACAAUAUGCAAGAUUGUCCGCAACCUUUAUAGUACAUUUUUUUAUCUACUUAAGAUUAUUAAUCUUUAAAAAUCCGAAAGUAUAAAACGGUGAUUAGAUUAUAUGUGAACGCUAUUCUUAAUGGAAUUGUUAUUAUUUUAUAGUUCAAUAAACAUUUUUAUUAUCAAUUUUGACCACCUACCGUUAAAUCACGUGUAUGCAUCUAUAAAAUAUUUGCAAACAGAUCGAAAUUAUUUCGAAAAGAUUAAAAAUGUUGAAAUUUUGCGAUUAAAAAUACGUUUGAAUAUAUUUACUUACGAUACAGAUGUUGUUGUUGUAGCAACAUAUUUAUUUACGAGAAUUUUAUGUAUUACUAGUUUUUUUAUUGCAGCGGCGUAUUUAUUAUACCCUGAAGCGUUCUUUAUAAGAUAGAAAUUCUGGUUCGACCCGUUUAUGUAGAACAGCGUGUAGUGGUGUUAUUAUCCAAUAGUUGGCAUAUUUAUGAAAAGUUUUUAGGAAUAAAUUAAGUGGUUGUAUUUGUUCGUCAAGUAGCCGGCAUUAAAGGAAACUGUUUAUUUAUAAUUAUGCCUUUAGAUUUGAACAAGCACAUUGAACGCCAACAACUCCCCCUCCCAAUGUAAAAUAUGCAUGAAAAGUUUUAUUUAUAAAUACAUUGAUGCCAAUAAAGUCGCUAUAUCAAGAAGCUAAUACAUGUAUAUUAAUUAUCAACUUAUGCAUUAUUAAGCAAAUUAAAUAAGU